AUGAAUGAGUUCAAGGACCCGCUCGACGCCACCGAAAAGGAGAAGGUGACCAAGCUUGUUACUGAGCUCCGCGAACUUGCUGCUAAGGGUCAGCCUGGCGAUGGCGCUGUUACCUCUGAGCAGAUCCGGGAGAAGAUCAACGAGACUCCUUUAGACAACCGAAGCAUGAGAACGGCGGUUGUGCUGCUGACAAGAGCCGGACGGGAAUUCUUUGACAUUUGUACGAUUUUGUUCCCAAGACCCAUGGAAAUCAGAAUCCCCGAGGGAUGCCACUGGAAUCAUUGGCCAUACGACAUCAUAGCACGUCGUUCCAAGACUGAGGAGGGUAAUGGUGGGUCCCCGAAGGACUAUGAGGUUCAGCAAGCGGCUGUGAGGUUCCGGCCCUGGGGACUUACGGUUUCUUUCCACCAAUCAUGCACUGAUCCACCUAAUGUCGGUUUCAGUGGGGGAGGGGAGGGAGGGGAGAACGUUCACAUCGGUGGCGAAUGGUUUUAUCGAACAUUCUGUGCUGAGUACUGUAGAAAUAAUUCCAUCAACCCAUUCACAUCGAUUGGCGGUUUGUCGCGUUCCAUCAUCGUCGACGCAAUAGAAUUUUUAUCUCGUCUCGAGGGCCUCAUUGAGGGGUCAUAUGAACCCUCUCGAGAUAGGUUCAACGCCGACGACGAUGGUGACCACACAACACAGGCGGUCAACAUGCGCGUCAGACGGCGAAUCGGCAUUUUAUCCAACGGUUUGCACGAAAUGAUGUCUGACGCAUUCGACAUGUUUGAUCUUGCGGGCGGGAGCGUCGACCAGAUCAACGCGGACGAAUACGACGUUGAGUUUACAUCGGAGAGCACGAUAGAAACCAGGCGAAAUCAGCGACGUGAGGCGUUGUAUACCAGGAUGCAAAACGCUAGACUAAGAUCUCGAAACAUCUGGGCAAUAGUACGGUUAGCUAAGGAAAUCAAGGAGGAGGCGGCAAAGGUGGUUGAUGAGUCCUCAGCAUGGGAUGACGAUAUGGCUGAGGGUCGUGAUGCCUAUGUAUGCGAGCGGAUGAGACGUAUCACAGCCUGUCAGAACAAAGCCAAGAUCGCAGCGGUUAGCAUCCUGAAACAUUGGCCAACACAUUGGCCAGCAAUUGGAGGGACGCAGGUUCAGUGGAUGACGAAGAGAGGGGAAAAGAGGCAGGAGGGUGUGUGGCAGAUUAUCGAUAUGUGCCGCCGCUCAUUGGAGGAGCUGGAGGAGAUCAUCCUCCAUUCAGCGGACUGGUAA